AUGAAACACUCGCUGGUUGUCUAUCUACUCGCUGCAUUCGUUUGCAGUUCCUCCGCCUCGUCAGUUGCCGAGGUGGAACUGGACGUCGAGGCUCAGUGUGUAGCUAACGGAGACGCCUGUGUAUCCCCUCAGAACCCCAUCAGCGCCACCCCCGCUCCCUCUAGCAGCUUCACCUUCACCUCCACCUCCGCCAACAUGUUCAACACCCGUCGCAUUGCCUUCAAGUUCAUCGCUCGUGAACAAGGAGAGGGCGUCGGCGCCACGGUGCGACGCUCGCUGGGCUCCCAGCAGCUUCGCAAUCUCGACCCGUUCCUUAUGUUGGACGAAUUCAACGUAGGACUACCCGGAGGAUUCCCCGACCACCCGCACAGAGGCUUCGAAACCGUCACGUACAUGCUACCAACGUCCAAGGGCCACAUGCGUCACGAGGACUUUCUGGGCAACAAGGGCGAGCUCCGACCAGGAGAUCUGCAGUGGAUGACGCCUGGCAAGGGGAUUUUACAUGCCGAAAUGCCUGCGAAUGAGGAGAAAGCGCACGGUUUACAGCUGUGGAUCAACUUGCCGAAAGCCAAGAAGAUCAUGGAGCCUAGAUACCAGGAGAUCAGUCGAGAUACUGUGCCCCACGUGUGGGAUGACGCUAAAAAGGUCGAGGCUAUUGUGUUCGCUGGUGAAGUAUUCGGUCAAAAGGGUCCGAUUGAGACCGAAGCGCCCGUGACGUACAUUCACUUCCUCAUGAAGCAAGGAGCUGAGCUGGAUUAUAAGAUUCCACAUGGACACAACACGUUCGUGUACACGCUGACUGGCUCGGGCAAGUGUGCAGGUGAAGACGUCUCGGCUCACCACGCUAUUGUCAUGGAGCAGGAAGGAGAUGGCGUGCAUAUGACUACGGACGAUAAGGAGGGUCUUGAGUUUAUCGUGAUCAGCGGUCAGCCUUUGAACGAACCGGUGGUGCAGUACGGUCCCUUUGUCAUGACCUCGGAGGAUGAAAUCCGCCAGACUAUCCGUGACUACCAGACUCGAGAAGAUCUGAGCUUCGAGAUGGGUAUGACCAUGCUUACUAAUGAUCUUCAGGUUUAUGAGAGCCUAGGCAAAUGUGGGUUCAAGUCUGGCGCUGGAAACGAAGAUCUGCUGGAAAAGAUUACCAAGGAAAAGGGGGGCCCGAACAUUUCUAGUUUUUGCAUGGGAGGUAUGCUCUGUUGGGAGUGA